UGUCCUGACCAUUGUCGGAAUUUUAAUGGCAAUUAAUCCUAUUGAUUGCCUGUCGUAUGGUAUUUUGCGACAGAGAGACCCUCUUUCUCUCCUUCUCUCCUCCCUCUCUCUUUGUCUAUCACCCACCGCCACGAUGAUCCUAUGUUUUGGAGUUGGUCGAUCCCCAGGUACGUCAGUACCUUAAAUUCCACAUUCUGUGUUCUAGUCACAGCAUUUACGCCUCGUGAAUCCAGCAGAACCUGCUGUAUGGUGAACGUGUAUAUACCUACACCUACAUACAUUACGUUCUAUAUUGGGCGAGCAUCUCAGUUGGAGAGAGAGAUCUUGUCUGGGGAAUUUGGGGAAUUUCGAGCUCGUGCGACCCGUUCGGACCACUGUACCAUCUCCAGCUUGACUCCCGGGUGCAAGUAUCAAUGCCUAAUGGAGAUGCAGUAACAGAAUUUGGUAGGCAAUAAGCACCGAAUUCGUCUACUUUGCUAUCGAAUCAAGGAAUCAUUGAGCAAUCAUAAAACGUAACAUUACACAAACGGAAAUUGUAUAAUCUGGCGAAUGAAAUAUAAGCCCUCUGUCC